AGAGCCCAGGGGUGGACUGACAACUCAUGGGGCCCCUGGGCAAUAGGGGAUCAUGGGGCCCCUGUGUCCUUGCCCAAACUCCAAAAAGUCUAUGAAAAAGAUACCAGGGGCAUCUCAUGGGGUCCCCUACUGACCCCGGGCCCUCGGGCAGUGCCCGAGUUUCCAAUUGGUCAGUCCGCCCCUGCAGAGCCUCCACCCAGGACAGGGCCCCUAAUCCAAGUAAGUAUAUAAAAAAUACAUUCUGAAGGUCUUUGUUAAAUAUUCAAUUGUAGCUUCAAUAAAUGUAGCAUAUAUAGUAUAUUUAUUUUAUUCUAAGAAUUUACACACAG